AUGGCUGGGUCCCAGGUCGAGGGUCAGGCCGUGAUCGAGGAAGAGGUAGAGGGCGUGAUCGAGGUCGCCCAUAUCGGCCCAAUAACCGCAAUUUUGACCGACCCGGACGGUCGCCACCGCGCGCGUCCCGCUUUGGCCCUGGCCCUUCUCACGGCCCUGGUGAUUUUGCAUCAGAUCGAUCUCCUCCUCGAGCGGGGGACUGGAACGGCCACCCUUCCGGUUCUUUCAACAGAGAAUACCCGAGUACUCGACGAGACGAGUCACCUUCAGGACCUCCAUUCAAACGCCAACGAACUCGAAGUCCCUCUCCCCGUGGCCGCCGACCUCCUCUCCCUCCACAGUCAAGCUACGGCAAGCACGGCGAAGGACGAGACCGAAGUCCUUCAUUCAAGAAACGUGGUGGCCGGUUCCAGGGCCGUGGUGGUCCCAGGCGAAGAUCACCUCGACGAGGCCGGGAUCGCCGUGGAAAAGACCGUCGCCGUCCAGAUAUUCCGCGCCCAGGAAGAUCUAGAUCACCAGUCCAUGACCGGGGAUUUCAUCCUUCACCUGACCGACGGUCUCGAUCGCUAA